CAAACAGGAAGUAGCCUCGGCUUCACGAUGCGGAGCGGCACCGCAGUUUGUGUCUAUCUUUAAGCACAUCUAUACAGAGCGAACAGUCUUCGUCAGGUUGCCUGAUACAUCUCACAACAUUUUGGCUGGGCAUACCCAUCUUCAUUUCUGUCAAUCUGCCUAAGAACUAGGUAUAGACUCCGCGAUUCGCAUGGUUUAGCCCAAGCAAGCAAACAAUCAUGGCUCUUGUCGCCGCCGCUGCAGCUGGCGGUCUUGCUGCAGCGGCCUACCUGGAUGGCAAAUACCAACUCGUGCGAGACUAUCGGUCCGUACACAAGCAAGCCAAGGCGGAUCGAGCAUAUCAGCAAGCGCUCAAGGAAGACAGACUGUCGCCGUGGUACAUCCUCGCAGAAACAUGCGCACGUCAACCCAACGACCGCGCCAUCUGGACACGUAGCCGAAGCUGGACCUUCACCGAGCUCCAUGAUCAGACAGUACGUUACGCACAAUGGCUCUUAGACCAGGGCAUCCGGCCUGGCGACCUAGUCGGGAUGUAUCUCCACAACAGCGCCGAGUUCAUGUUCAUCAUGUUUGCCACCCUUGCGAUUGGAGCCGGCCCAGCUUUCAUCAACUACAACCUUGAGGGGCGAGCACUGAUGCAUUGUCUGGCCGUCUGUGAAACCAAGCUUCUCAUCAUUGAUGAGGAUCAAGCAUGCCAGCAGCGCAUCGAGGGAAGCAGACAGCAGAUUGAAGCCAGUGGCACAAGGCUUGUCACCCUCGACAAUCUGCUGAAGAAGGUCAUUACCAGUAACCCCGUUGUGGUACCACCAGAUGAGCUACGCAAUGGCAUGAAACCGGAAUGGCCAUACUGCUUGAUCUACACUUCGGGUACAACAGGUCUACCGAAGGGCUGCCCUUUCACCAUCUCCCGGACACACCUGCUCGGAGCACAUAUCGAUUAUCCUUUCGGCGGAGUCAAGGGAAAGGACUGCUGGUACAGCCCUAUGCCUUUGUACCACGGAACGGGCAUUAUCACGACAUCGGUCGCCUUACUCUGUGGUGUUGGCGUAGCGAUAGCCCCUCGCUUCUCCGUUUCGAACUUCUGGCCCGACAUCCACGACUCCGGCGCAACCUUUUUCAUCUACGUGGGCGAAACAGCACGUUACCUUCUGGCUGCGCCGCCGCACCCCCUUGAGCGAGCGCACAAGCUCCGUAUGUGUUACGGCAACGGCCUUCGUCCGGAUGUAUGGCACAAGUUCCAAGAGCGCUUCAAUAUUCCCGAGGUGGCCGAGUUCUUCAACUCAAGCGAAGGCAUGCUCAGUCUCAUUGUGUGGGCCCGAAACGGCUACCUUAGUGCGUGUGUUGGUCAUCAUGGUCUGCCGUGGCGGCGGCGGCUGCAGAAUGUUUACAUCCCUGUACUCAUCGACCACGAAAGUGGAGACAUCUGGCGAGAUCCAGUCACUGGAUUCGCCAAACGCAUGCCGUACGAGGUUGGAGGUGAGAUCUUGGUUGCCGUACCACACCGAAGUGUUUUUGGCGGAUACUGGCGCAAUGCCGAAGCGACGAAUAAGCGCUUUGCUACGGAUGUUUUCCAGAAAGGCGACCUCUACUACCGAUCCGGAGAUGCACUGAGACGGACAUCGGACGGACACUGGUACUUCUUAGACCGGCUAGGUGACACUUUCCGGUGGAAGAGUGAGAACGUAUCAACAGCAGAAGUCGCGGAGACGCUCGGCCUUUACCCUGGAAUUGAUGAAGCCAACGUCUAUGGCGUCACGGUUCCCGGCCAUGAAGGCCGCGCUGGUUGUGCUGCAGUUCAUCUCACAGUGACGCCCGACCCGGCCUUCUAUACUAACCUCCUCCGCUACAGCCGUGAGCGGCUGCCACGCUAUGCCGUACCGGUCUUUCUGCGCAUUGUGAAGCGGUCAAGCCACAUCCAUAACCAUAAGCAGAAUAAGGUCGGCUUGCGGCAGGAGGGCGUUGACUUGGACAAAGUAGGCACGCUCGAGAAGGAUGGUGGUGAUGACAUUUUUAUGUGGUGUAAGCCAGGCUCAGACACCUAUGUGCCGUUUCAAAAGAGUGAUUGGGCAAUGCUUGGUAGAGGGCAGGUACGGUUAUAAUCCAGAGCCACCAUAGGGUUAUGUAAGCCUGAAGAUAGCAUGAAUCGACGAACAGCCAGACCAGCUGCACGAACGAGUCGUUUCUCUGUAUGAUCGUUUGCCUUAUUGCAGAGGAUGCUAGGAGUCACAGUAUAAACCGGCGGGU